AUGGCUUCGAAUCCCUCUGUGUCCAGGCCGACUGUUCCUACUGCCUAUGGACUACGAGAGCUGUACGGAGGAGCCAUGACGGUCGAGCUGCCGGUGGACCUUAUUGAUUCAAGUGACCUUCGCCAAAUCCCGAAUCAUCAAGAAGUAUUCCUGUCCCCCACGACGCUUACAUCCAUCAUCUUUGAAAUCAACGACUACCAAACUCCUCAACACUAUGGCGGCCAACCAGCAACAUCAACAACACCAACAUCAACUCUCUCGAAUCCGAACUCGAACCUCGAUGGAACUGGAACAACCACCACUGAUUCCGAAGCAGCAAAAUACCAUUUCACCGACGUCAUCACCGGCAUCGACACACUCGCCGCGCCGCUGUCCAGUCCCCAGCGUGUAAACUUACAAAAGCCCAGUCUUGCGUCGUAUCCUGCCUACGUUCUGGAGGGAACCAUUGUGAGCUACGACACACGCUCACCAGGAGGAAUCCCUCCUUUGACCUCGUCACAACAUCAACAACAACAUCAGUCAUCUCUCGUACAUCAGAUCCAACUUCUCGUCAGACUGCAAGACCACGCUACCGAUCUUUGCGUGCGCAUCAAUGUGCCAUUGAAGGAAUUCGCCAAUAAUAACGGGGAUGGUGAUGUUCAAGCGGCGGAAACAGAAACGGCCUUCGCUAGGGAUUUGCUGGAGCAUGUGGUUGCGACGCUGGAUGUUGUUGAUUUUAGUUUGUUUGGUGGAGGAGAAGCAUGA